GCCAUGCUCGGCCUCGCUCUCCUGGGCCUCACGGCUCUCUUGGACCAUGGGGAGGGCGCAACGUCGUGCUUGUCACAGCAGCUCAGGAUGCGGGGGGAUUAUGUGCUGGGUGGGCUCUUCCCUCUGGGCUCUGCCGAGGGUACAGGUCUUGGCGACAGGCUGCAGCCCAAUACUACCGUGUGCACCAGGUUCUCGUCUCUGGGCCUGCUCUGGGCACUGGCCGUGAAGAUGGCGGUGGAGGAGAUCAACAACGGGUCUGCCCUGCUGCCCGGGCUGCACCUGGGCUAUGACCUCUUGGACACGUGUUCAGAGCCCAUGGUGGCCAUGAAGCCCAGCCUCAUGUUCAUGGCCAAAGCAGGCAGCUGCAGCAUUGCCGCCUACUGCAAUUACACACAGUACCAGCCCCGCGUGCUGGCCGUCAUCGGGCCCCACUCGUCCGAGCUCGCCCUUGUCACCGGCAAGUUCUUCAGCUUCUUCCUUGUGCCUCAGGUCAGCUACGGCGCCAGCACCGACCGGCUGAGCAACCGGGAGAUCUUCCCGUCCUUCUUCCGCACGGUGCCCAGCGACCGAGUGCAGGUGGCGGCCAUGGUGGAGCUGCUGCAGGAGCUCGGCUGGAACUGGGUGGCGGCGGUGGGUAGUGACGACGAGUAUGGCCGGCAGGGCCUGAGCCUCUUCUCCGGCCUGGCCAACGCCAGGGGCAUCUGCAUCGCGCAUGAGGGCCUGGUGCCACUGCCACCAGGCAGCCUGCGGCUGGGCGCCCUACAGGGCCUGCUGCGCCAGGUGAACCAGAGCAGCGUGCAGGUGGUGGUGCUGUUCUCCUCCGCCCACGUGGCCCGCACCCUCUUCAGCUACAGCAUCCGCUGCAAGCUCUCCCCCAAGGUGUGGGUGGCCAGUGAGGCCUGGCUGACCUCAGACCUGGUCAUGACGCUGCCCGGCAUGCCUGGGGUGGGCACCGUGCUGGGCUUCCUGCAGCAGGGCGCCCCGAUGCCGGAGUUCCCAUCCUACGUGCGGACCCGCCUGGCCCUGGCCGCUGACCCUGCCUUCUGCGCCUCGCUGGACGCUGAACAGCCAGGCCUGGAGGAGCACGUGGUGGGGCCACGCUGCCCCCAAUGUGACCACGUCACGCUGGAGAACCUAUCUGCGGGGCUGCUGCACCACCAGACCUUCGCUGCCUACGCGGCUGUGUAUGGCGUGGCCCAGGCCCUUCACAACACACUGCGCUGCAAUGCCUCGGGCUGCCCCAGGCGGGAGCCUGUGCGGCCCUGGCAGCUCCUAGAGAACAUGUACAACGUGAGCUUCCGUGCUCGCGGCCUGGCACUGCAGUUCGACACCAGCGGGAACGUGAACGUGGAUUACGACCUGAAACUGUGGGUGUGGCAGGACCCGACUCCCGAGCUGCGCACCGUAGGCACCUUCAAGGGCCGCCUGGAGCUCUGGCGCUCUCAGAUGUGCUGGCACACGCCGGGGAAGCAGCAGCCCGUGUCCCAGUGCUCGCGGCAGUGCAAGGAGGGCCAGGUGCGCCGCGUGAAGGGCUUCCACUCUUGCUGUUACGACUGCGUGGACUGCAAGGCGGGCAGUUAUCAGCGCAACCCAGAUGACCUCCUCUGCACCCAGUGUGACCAGGACCAGUGGUCCCCAGACCGGAGCACACGCUGCUUCCCCCGCAAGCCCAUGUUCCUGGCAUGGGGGGAGCCAGCUGUGCUGCUACUGCUCGCGCUGCUGGCUCUGGCGCUGGGCCUGGCGCUGGCGGCCCUGGGGCUCUUCCUCUGGCACUCGGACAGCCCGCUGGUUCAGGCCUCAGGUGGGCCACGGGCCUGCUUUGGCCUGGCCUGCCUGGGCCUGGUCUGCCUCAGUGUCCUCCUGUUCCCUGGCCAGCCAGGCCCUGCCAGCUGCCUGGCCCAGCAGCCACUGUUCCACCUCCCACUCACUGGCUGCCUGAGCACGCUUUUCCUGCAAGCGGCCGAGAUAUUUGUGGGGUCGGAGCUGCCACCAAGCUGGGCUGAGAAGAUGCGUGGCCGCCUGCGGGGGCCCUGGGCCUGGCUGGUGGUGCUGCUUGCUAUGCUGGCAGAAGCCGCAUGGUGUGCCUGGUACCUGGUAGCCUUCCCGCCAGAGGUGGUGACGGACUGGCAGGUACUGCCCACAGAGGCGCUGGUGCACUGCCACGUGCACUCCUGGAUCAGCUUCGGCCUGGUGCAUGCCACUAACGCCAUGCUGGCCUUCCUCUGCUUCCUGGGCACUUUCCUGGUGCAGAGCCGGCCAGGCCACUACAAUGGUGCCCGCGGCCUCACCUUUGCCAUGCUGGCCUACUUCAUCACCUGGAUCUCCUUUGUGCCCCUCUUUGCCAAUGUGCACGUGGCCUACCAGCCUGCCGUGCAGAUGGGCGCCAUCCUCCUCUGUGCCCUGGGUAUCCUAGCCACCUUCCACCUGCCCAAGUGCUACCUGCUGCUGCAGCGGCCGGAGCUCAACACCCCUGAGUUCUUCCUGGAAGACAAUGCCAGAGCACAGGGCAGCAGUUGGGGGCAGGGGAGGGGAGAAUCGGGGCAAAAACAAGUGACACCUGAUCCAGUGACCUCACCGCAGUGA